CAUGUGGAUGGUAAUGAAAAGCAGUCGUUGGAAUCUGGAGACCUAAGUUCGGAUCAGAACUUCGUGGUCAUUACUGGCCUCCAGCACUCUCCCCAGUUCUCACUCAGCUGCUUUUGUGUGCCUGCGGGGACCGGGACCAAUAACCACGUCCUGCCUGUCGGGAGGCUAGAGACACAAACUGGUUUUGUGCAGAUGCCUUCUGCGGCAGAAGACGAAAACUGGAAAACUGGCUUGAUGUUCUCCAAAUCACCCAGGGCGCCUUGACUUUCCAGAUGAACGGGAGACUUCAUCACCACCAUUUUGCUUUUACAUCUGGGCCAGCAAGUGAAGCAGCAAGGAGCCUGAAAAUGGGAGCAAGCAGAACGAACCCAGGGAGGACAGGAGCUGCCACUGCACAGGGACCAUGCAAGGCUGAAACACCAGCGUUCUAUCCCUGCAGCCACAGGGUUCGUGUGCCUUCCAUGUGCAGGCCCGGCGAUCAUGGCCCAGCACAGGAGCGAGCAGGAUGACUGGCAGGUCGUCUACCUGAGGAAUCUGCUCUUCGUCUUCAACUUCUUCUUCUGGGUGGGCGGCGCAGCAGUGAUGGCCGUGGGUGUCUGGACCCUGGCCGAGAAGAGCGGCUACCUCAGCAUCCUAGCCUCCAGCACCUUUGCCGCCUCGGCCUACACCCUCAUCUCCGCGGGUGCUCUUGUCACGGUGACUGGCUUCCUGGGCUGUGCCGCUGUCCUCCGGGAGCAGAGGGGCUGCCUCUCCACAUACUUCUGCCUGCUGUUCGUCAUCUUCCUCGUGGAGCUGGUGGCAGGGGUCCUGGCCCAUGUAUACUACCAGAGGCUGAGUGAGGAACUGAAGCAGCACCUGAACCGCACUUUGGCAGAGAGCUAUGGGCAGCCCAAGGCCAUGGAGAUCACGGCCUCAGUGGAUCGUCUGCAGCAGGACUUCAAGUGCUGUGGCAGCAACAGCUCAGCGGACUGGCAGCACAGUGCCUACGUGCGCUCACGGGAGGCCCAGGGUCGCCGGGUGCCAGACAGCUGCUGCAAGACAGUGGUGGCGCACUGUGGCCAGCGGGUGCACCCCUCCAACAUCUACAAGGUGGAGGGAGGCUGCGUAACCAAGCUGGAGCAGUUCCUGGCUGACCAUCUGCUGGUCACAGGGGCAGUGGGCAUCGGGGUGGCCUGCCUGCAGAUCUGUGGGAUGAUUCUCACCUGCUGCCUGCACCAGAGGCUCCAGCAGCACUGUUACUAAAGGCCAGCUCCGUUCCCUUCUGACUAUGCUCCCCAGGACCAGGCCCACACCCCAUACCUUGUGCGCACCAGGCCUGCAGACUCAGCCCCAGCCGAGCAAGGCAGACACUUCUGUGAGCCCACCGAAUGCCUAAGCCAGGCAGUGCAUACUCACCGCCCAAGUCCUGGGCAGCGAUGAUCCUGCCAGGAGACAGCCAGACCCCUCCCUGGCAGGGGUGCCUGUGGACUAUGUGAGGGGAUCUCGGCCCCUCCCAGCACUGGAAGCCGCAACUUGGGGCUGAGAACAAGGUGCCUGUGUGCUGCACUGACCAGCAUGUGACUUCUGCCCUCACCGCCCUUCCCCACAGUAGCCCCCUGGUGGGGCUCCUCCCCCAGGAGCCCACGCAAGCCCUUGUACCUGUCCGAGCUGUCUCACCUGGAGAGCAGUGACCUGCUUGCUGAAUGUCUUCUGAGGCUCGAUGUCAGUGAAGGCUCAGCUGAGCUGCCAGGUAGGGGCAGGGAACAAGUUGGCCACAGCAGCAGGGCCAAGUCCUGCCCGCCCACCCAUCCAUCCUGUGGGAAAGCUGCCCCUGGAGACAGGCCUGAGCCCCUCCUCCCCUGCCUCUGAGGAUCGCCCAGUUCAAGGGCAGUUUCUCAGGACUGCUGGGUUCUGAGUAUUACUAGAUAUAAAAAUCCUCUCCAAGUAGAUGAAAUCCUAACCUGCAAAGUCAGGGAAGGGGCUCCAAGGAGGAACUCAGGGUGGAGGGGCACCCCCACACCUUUUCUCCUGGAGCACUCUCUCCCUGACCGUGGUCACCACAUGCUCUUCCCAUGGCCCUGUUCUGCUUCUGUUUCUACCAUCCCAGAGUGGACACUGUCCCUCCCUUUGGUUCUCUUGUAUCACUGAGGGGAGCAGGGAAUUUUCUGGAAAACUCAUCCAAUACUAAGGGAGAAUAGAAGAAAAA